AUGGCCUUUGCCAUCGAAGCACAGGGCGAGACCAACCCACUUAGCCCGCAGAAUGUGCUCAACACCCUAGUCCUUGCAGCAAGCUCGUCUCAGCAGCAAGUUCGAACGGGCACUGAACAGCUCCAGAACUGGGAGAAACAGGGCAUGUACUACUCUUUUCUACAGGAAGUCUUCCUUGAUCACUCCGUACCGAAUGAAGUUCGCUAUCUCGCCAUCAUCCAACUGAAGAAUGGCAUCGAUAAAUACUGGCGCAAGACAGCACCAAAUGCGAUCAAACCGGAAGAAAAGGAACAUAUCAAGACCCGAGCUCUUGAGGCAGGAAUCGUUGAGCCUGCGCCGCUGUUGGCUCUCCAUAACUCGUUGAUGAUUGCCAAGAUCAUGCGAUUUGAGUUUCCUCAUGACUGGCCCGAUGCUAUUUCGUACAUCAUUUCCUCACUCCGAACCUCCGUCCAGCCUGGAGCAAAUCCACUCCAACUUCCCCGAACUCUCCUCAUAUUGCUACAAAUAAUCAAGGAAUUAUCCACCGCACGAAUUCAACGAACGCGACACAAUCUUCAGUCCGCAUCGCCCGAGAUAUUCCAGUUACUGGGAGGCAUCUAUGUCGAUAAAGUUAAUCAAUGGGUCGCGAUACUGGAGCAGGGUGGUGCGGGCGAGGGGGAGUUGCUGGAGACGCUCGAAUUGAGCCUGGUAGCUCUCAAGGUCCUCAGGCGCCUGAUCAUUGCUGGCUUUGAACACCCGAGUCGCAGCCAAGAAGUACAGGGCUUCUGGGUGCUGACGCAUUCGCACUUCGGCAAAUUCCAUUCUCUCGUGGACGGGUCUACCAAUCUACCUGAGCCAAUUCAUCGGGCUAUCGAGAAACAUUUGCUGCAGAUGUCGAAGUUGCAUGUUGAAAUGGCCAAAACACAUGCCGCAUCUUUCGCGUUGCUCCCAGAUAGUAUCUCGCUUGUCAAGUCAUAUUGGUCAUUAGUCGUCACACUCGGAGAGAAGUAUGACAGCCUUGGUGCUGGGGGCGAAGAUGAAGGGAAAUCCUUGACCGAGAAGACCGGCCUCCGGGCUCUGCUCCUGAUUCGUGCGUGCGCAAAGAUGACGUUCAACCCUGCUCAGAGUUUCAAAUAUCAGACACCGGAAGACAAAGAGGAGCGGAAACAAUCUGUUCAGCUUGUCAAAACACAAUUGUUUACAGAAGAAUUUGUGAUCAAUGUCAUGGAGCUACUAGUCACGCAAUUCUUCAGGUUCCGCAAGAUCGAUUUCCAAGAUUGGGAAGAAGAACCAGAGGACUGGGAGAAGCGAGAGGAAGAAAACUCCGACGCUUGGGAGUUCUCAAUCCGUUCAUGCUCGGAAAAACUUUUCCUUGAUCUUGUGAUUCACUUCAAGGAUUUACUGAUCCCACGCUUGCUGACCGUAUUCUAUACUUUCGCAAGCACCGACAACCACAAUGUUCUGUUGAAAGACUCGCUGUAUUCUGCCAUCGGCUUGGCUGCGGCCAGUCUUGAACAGCACCUGGACUUCAACGCAUUCUUGGAGCAUACCUUGGUUGCCGAGGUCCAGUCCCAGGAACCAGAGUACAAGCUUCUGAGGAGAAGAAUCGCGCUCGUGCUUGGCCAAUGGGUCCCGGUUAAGGGAAGUGAAUUGAACAUGAAUGCAAUUUACCAGAUCUUCCAGCAUUUGCUCGGCAAGCAUGAUCCUUUGAACGACAUGGUCGUCCGCAUCACCGCCGGUCGACAACUCCGGAGUGUACUGGAUUCAUACGAAUUUUCGCCUGAAGCAUUCAUGUCAUUUGCGCCUACUAUCUUGGAGAGUCUCAUGUCUCUCGUUCAAGAAGUAGAAUCAUCUGAUACAAAGAUGGGGCUUUUGGAGACGGUUCGCAUGGUGGUGGUCAAGAUGGAAGAUCAUAUCACCCCCUUCUCGGACCGAAUCAUCUCUUUACUCCCACCGUUGUGGGAAAGCUCUGGCGAAGAACACUUGAUGAAACAAGCCAUCUUGACUUUGCUGUCAUCUCUGAUCCAGUCGCUGGCACAGGAGUCUGUGAGGUAUCACUCUCUUAUUCUUCCAUUGAUCCAAAGCUCCGUAGAACCCGGCUCGGAAACCAUUGUCUACCUUCUAGAUGAGGCAUUGGAUCUCUGGCACGCCAUAAUUCAAGCUACGCCAUCUCCUGCCUCGCCGGAGAUCAUAUCGCUCCUCCCAUCGUUGUUCCCCAUUCUCGAAGCAGCAACCGAUAGCACCCCGCAGGCGAUUCAUAUUCUUGAAUCUUAUGUGUUCCUUGCGCCGCAGGAAAUUCUCAGUGACCGUUUCCGCUUCCAAAUCAUGGUGAUCCUUGAAUCACUGCUCAAAUCUACAACCAAGCAACGUCUCGGUGUGAUACCUCGUCUUGUUGAUUUAAUCCUUCGCGGUGCCGAGACUGUCGACGGCGGAAGCGAAGCAACCUAUGGCGUCAUUUCGCAAUCCCUUCUAGACAGCUCCCUCCUUGCAUCACUGCUAGAAGGCCUUUACUCUGCCUACGAAGUGAGUCAGUCGUCUGGACCAAACAGAAAGUCCUCGCCCGUGGUCGGUGUUGUCGAGAGCGAUUACUACUCUGCGCUAGCUCGCCUUGCGCUGGCCAGCCCGACCAUUUUAGCCUCAUCAGUCGCCGCCGCGACAAACUCAUCCGAAGAACAAGCUCUGACCUGGAUCAUGACCGAAUGGUUUUCGCACUACGACAACAUUGGCAGCAUUAACCAAAAGAAACUCCAUGUACUUGCCCUCACCCAACUCUUGGCCCUACAAGGAGCGCCACUCGAUCCUGUAUGGACAGAUCUCAUCACCGAGUUGGCAGACGGUGGUACUGACCCCAAUGCCGAUUAUUUGGUCUGCUGGAAUGCACCAGCCGGGUCAGAAACCGCGAUGCCAGAAAACACCCAAGAGGUCGAAUCGCCUGAGAUCAUUCGUCGCCGUGACUGGCAGUCUGGGGAUGCAAUUCAUCGCUUCAUGAUCCGAGACUUUGUGCGCCAUCGUCUGCAAGAGGUCAUUGCUGGCUGUGGUGGGGCACAGCGGUUCCAGGAUGAGUGGCUUGUCAACGUCGAUACCGAAGUCGUUGCGGCGUUUGGGGCACUUGGUUUGCUUUGA